GUUCCCAUCACAUCGUUCAACUCGCGACUGGGUCGCAGCAAAUUUCCCAAUCCCGUAACUCGUGAAAGAAAAAAGUGAAAAUCCCCGUGCCGAAACAAUUCCACGGUUCCGGAACGCUCACCGGAGGAACGUGACCACCGAAGGGGGUGGGGUGCAAGUGCUCCAGAUUGACGUACGUAAAUAUUGGUUACAUAACCGCGGUGCGGCGCGCGGCUUCGACUUCGAGGGGCAUGAUUCGCCGGGGCAAAUAGAAGGCAGAAAAAAAAGUCUUGUGUUGAAGGAAGGACGGAACAUCGUGCGAACGAAAUUCAUGUUUUUUGGAAGUUGCUGAUAAAACACCGUCUUUUCACGAGAUCACGGCGAAUUUUGCACUUACAAGAGUGUGGUAUAGAUAAAGUCAACGCUGAUAAGAGAGAUGAGCACGGGCAGUACGGGUUUGCCAAAGUGGCAGCUGGCCAUUCUGAUUGGGGCGCCGGUCGCGCUCGGAAUCGGUUAUUUGUACUGGCGCAAGUCGGCGGAACCGGAGGGCGAGGGCGGCGACAAGCUGACCAAGAAGAAGCUCGGCGAAAUUAAGGACAAGACCAUCUCGCUGGACGGGGAGGAUCGGUCCCGCUCGCAGGAUGUUCCGGCCAAGCGGAAGGCGCUUACGCCGUUGGAGGAGGCCCAAAAGCACAAGAAUGAGGGAAAUACGCAUUUUAGAGAAGGCAAAUACGACGAAGCCAUCAAGGCGUACGACCUGGCCAUCGAGCGAUGUCCGACGACGGAAAUAAACGACUUGUCCACGUUUUACCAGAACCGAGCCGCCGCGUACGAGCACCUCCAAAAGUGGUCCGCGGUCGUUGACGAUUGCACCAAAGCGCUAGAUUGUAACCCGAAAUACCUGAAAGCCCUGAAACGCCGCGCCAAGGCGUACGAACAGCAGAAAGAGCUGGCCAAAUCGCUGGAGGACACGACCGCAGCGUGCAUCCUCGAGGGAUUCCAAAACAAGCACACGCUGAUCAUCGCCGAUCGCGUCCUCAAGGAACUUGGCCAGCAGCACGCGACGGAAGCGAUGAAGGAAAAGACCGACCUCAAACCAUCCAAAUUCUUCGUCAAGAACUACUUUGCCUCGUUUGCGGACGAUCCAAUCCGGAAGUUGGUAAUCGCAAGCACCGAACCUAAAGGCUUCGUCAAGGCCAAACUGCUGCUGGACCAGGGCAUUUACGACGGAAUUGUGGCCGCGUGUACGGAAGAAAUCGAAUCGAGCGAAGCGGAUGCCGAGUACAAGGUUGAAGCCAUCCUGCUUAGGGCGACCUUCUACCUCCUGACCGCACGUUACCCCGAAGCAACCGUCGAUCUGGACUCCGUCAUCGGAAUGGAACUGGCCGACAAAAAACUCCGAGCAAACGCCCUCAUCAAGCGAGCCUCGCUGGCCAUGCAAACCGUGCCCAACAUCCCCGAGGAAUGCUUCAAAUAUUUCGCCCAAGCAGAACAAGUUGAUCCGGACAACAGCGACAUCUACCACCACCGCGGCCAGGUCUACAUCCUAAUCGAACGACUCUCCGAGGCCAUCAAUGACUUCGAAAAGGCAUCCGCCCUCUGUCCCGACUCGGGCAUCAUCGAAAUUCACCGAUGCUACGCCAGCUAUCGACAGGCCCUCAUCAACAAGGACGAAGGCGCCCUCAUGAAGGUGAUGCGGGCCUUCCGCGAGGCGAUCGACCGCUUCCCGGACUGCGUCGAAUGCUACAGCCUCAUGGCGCAAGUACUCUCCGACCAGCAGGAGUACCACGAAGCGGACAACUUUUUCGAAAAAGCCACCAAAAUCGAACCGGAAAACGCCCAAAUCCUCGUCCACAAAGCCCUCCUCCAGCUCCAGUGGAAGGGAGACGUCGAGUCGGCCGUGCAACUUAUCGAGAAAGCCAUCGCCAUCGACGACAAGUGCGAAUUUGCGUACGAAACGCUCGGCACGAUCCAGGUCCAGCGCGGCAAGCUGCAGGAAGCGAUCAAACUGUUCGAGAGCGCCAUCCAGCUCGCCAAAACCGAAAUGGAACUGGUCCAUUUGUACUCGCUCAAGGAUGCCGCAAUCGCCCAGGUCAACGUGACCAAGUCGAUGGGACUGGACAUUCGGAGUAUCGCCGAAAUGACGUCGAUGCCGCAGUUCUAAACCACGCGACGCCACCCAGAGAAUGCUUUUACCCUCAGUUGUUCCGUGCUUCAUUUCAAAAUUCCACGUGCAUCACCCCCUCGUUCCACGAACGCGAACCAAUAACAGUUUAGAAACACACACACAAACUCGUUUGCGCGCGAGAAUUGUGGCAAAUUAUGGUACUUUAUAUAAAUUUUAGGUUUUCAAACAACAACAACAAACAAUACACACAUUCAGCGAAAAUGCAAAGAUUGUAUUGUAAUUAAGGUAACUAAAUAUUAAAUUGUAAGAGUUAUGUUACACUGCUGUAAAACGA